AUGAAUCCGUUGAGGCGUAUUCAGAAUAUUAAUGCAAAAGAAGCAUCCUUAGGAAUCUCCUAUUAUCAGGCAUCCUGGCAUACCAGAUACAAAGACUCACCUUAUGUAUUCGUUGGCGGCAUUCCUUUUGACCUCACUGAAUGUGAUCUUCUCGCUGUUUUUUCUCAGUAUGGGGAGGUUGUUGAUGUCAAUCUUGUUAGGGAUAAAGGUACAGGCAAGUCAAAGUGUUUCGGUUUGGUUGCUUACGAUGAUCAAAGGAGUACGAAUCUUGCUGUGGAGAACUUAAACGGUGCUCAGAUCCUGGGAAGAAUAAUCAGAGUGGAUCAUGUUACCAACUAUAAAAAGAAAGAGGAAGAGGAUGAAGAGACAGAGUGGAAAAAGGUGCUGCGUGCAAGUUCUCUCACGAUGAGAAGGUUUGUUCUUCAAGUGUAUGAGUGA